GUGCCCAGCAGAGGUCAUUAUCUUCCGAGUUUUUGAGUCGAGGAGAUUUUUUUCUCUGGUCGCAUGCGUCUGUUUUCUUCCGUAAAUAAAAAUGGCUACUUUGUAGACAAUCGUGUUGUUUUUGUCUACAUUUUAGAACAACUCAGAAUGCAGGACGUCAGACUGGGUCGUCCACUAUUUGGAGGAGCCCUGUCAGCCACCAUUCCUUACAGUGCAAAGGAUAUCAGUGAGUUAAGGGAGAUUCCAGACAACCAAGAGGUUUUUGCCCACUGCCACACAGAUCAGAGCAUUAUCGUGGAGCUCCUGGAGUUUCAGAACCAUGUCCAAAAUGAAGACGCUGCCAGAUACCACUUUGAGGAUGUAGCAGGGAGCAACAAGGCAUUGGCCCCAGGGACAUCAGAGGUCAGGACUGUGGUGGCUCUACCCAAGUCCCAACUCUCCCUGGAGGAAUGCAGCUCGGCCUGGCUACUCACUGGAACCCAGCUGGUGGCCAAGUUCAACGAAGAAGCUAAAAAUACAGUGACCUUUUACCUGGGCCUGUUUCGACUGCCACAGUUCUCUACGGAUAUCCUAGUGACCUUCAACGACCCCCUCAGUAUAAGCCUGGACAGCAGCAGUGCAGUGGCAGUGGGAGCCGACCAGCAGGUGGGCACAGAGCCAUGGACGCUUAACAACUUCCAGUGUUUACUGCAGUCUCUCAGACUACAUGACCCAGGAGUUUUCGGGUAGGACCUCCAGGUCCGGCCCAUCCGCAAACCUUAGGUUCACUGCAUUAGUUUUGUUCUCUCAAAGACCAAAAUAAUGGAAUCAGAGUCAAUGUAUUUGGCUUCACAGAAUUGUACUGGCCAUUCAAACAUUUGUUAGGAAAUUGUCUCAUUGAAACCUCAAAAGAUCACUUUGCUUAUACACUGUGAUGUAAUUUGUUUACCUGCAUUUUAUAAACUUUGUAUAUUAGCUGUUUUAUACACUUUAUUUUGGCAUAAAACUGUUUAUGCUAAUGUCCAGUGUCAGAGCAAUUACCUUAGUUUAUGAGCAGAGGUGUAAAAAGUACAUAGUAAAAAUACUUUGCUGUGUUCGGCAGUUUAGGGAAGUUCCUAAUUAAGACCAAAUUGACUAGGUAGAGUUCAUAUCUAACCAGUGACCUUAUCAGUCUUAUUUAGGAACUUCACUCUACUAGUGAACAUUGACUUAGUAAUCAGUUUCAACAUUUUCACUUUUCCUCCACUUGUCCUCCCUUUGUGUAAUUUAAUACAAUGGAAAAUUACUCAUAAUGUUAAUCUGGUACCCUUGAAAUAAGAACUAGAAUGAAAAGCAUAUAGAAGUUAAUUAUUUUCCAUUUGAUAACAACUGACAAACAAAACAGACAUCAGAAAUGCUUUCAGGGUUUAUUCUGUUGCCUCCGGUAACAUUUCAUAACAUGGCACGUCAUAUGGUAAAUUCAGUAGAGAAAUUAAAAUGUAUCAAAAGGUCUAAUGUAGUAAAACAAAGCAGACCCAAUCUUAGCAGUAAGUUAUACAUUCACAUAGUAAGUUCACAGUAAGGCAGGUGGUAUGAACCAAACCUUUCAUUAUGAAAAUCUGUUCAGUUGUCUGUGUUGAUAGAUUUUGUUUUUUGUUGCAAUGUAAAUCUGUAGAUUUACUCGAAGUCCCUGCUUCUAUUUAAUGACAUUGAGGUUUGCAAAUGUGUUUACGAACGAAAUUGUAUCAAUAAUACAAUGCAACAAUAAUGAAACUAGGCUGAGAUUGAUCAUGUAUUCUAGAGUCUUGUUCUAAACUGUGUUACUCACCGAACAGUUCUAGAAUCAUAGGAACAUUUUUAAAGUCAGCCAAAAAAAUUUGACUACAGCUCAUCAAAUGUACUACCUAUUUAAUGCAAUUAACUGAGUAGAACUCAUAUCUCUUAGAUCAGUGCCAUGGGAUACCUGUCACCUUGAAAGCUCUUGAAGUAGGCUUUUGCCAAAACAUUUUGUUUCUGGAAUGUCAAAUAAAACAUAACAUCACAUGAUUCAACUUCA